ACGCGCAGUCAAAGUUGCAUCACCCUGUUGGAGGUCAACGAUGUCUCUGAUAGUGAUGUGGAAAGUACGCCCUAUAAUCGCACUCACGGUCGUCGUUCUCCCCCACACCAGCCAAUAGGCGUGGUAUCGUACCCACAUCGGCGGAGGAGACCGCCAUAGCUGAUCACAGUGAAGCCAGCUUCGUUGUUCUCGCGCCUUUUCUCUGGUGGCUGUCGUAUCAGAGACGGGAAUGGCAAGGACUCAUGCACAGAUACCCUAUCUCACUCGUGUUUCUGGGCAGUGCGAAGUGCGUAUUUGUAUCAUUGGAAGAGUAACUACUGACAUUGGUUGACCGGAGAUAACUCAAGACCUCCAGCUCCCUUUACUGGCUUUACGAUCGUUGUUUCGUAUUGAGAGAAACGAUCUCCAAGAGGGAUCGGGUGAGCUCGAUAGACUGUGUUCGAGAAGGAUACAUGAACAUCAGGGAGAAGUUGCUCAAACAAGCGGCGACAAACGAGCCCAAGACGAGCUUCCAAAGUUUUCCAUUAUCACCGUAACUCGGGCGAAAAUGGGAAAGAAAGUUCCCUUCAUGCCGGAAUUACCCGACGUCGCCAUCUCCACACCGAGUUGCUGCAUCCAUGCGAUUAGUACUAGCUAAGUCAUGGCUAACACAGGGACUUACAAGUACGUCGCCCGUCUUCAGCGCCGUCUCAUCACCCUUGCUUCGAAGCCGAAUUACCUCUACGGCGCUGGGCGCGUUUUCUGCGUUAUGUUCUUUGGCCGUGAAGUAUUCUUCGCUGUCGGGGGAUAUACCCCGGAGGACGAUUGUGCCCUCGUCCCCAGGCACGAACCAAUGGUCGUUGGUGUUGACAAUUAUGAUCUAGGAACAAGCGAUUUCCGCUUUGCGUGUUUGUGCUGCAGGGACCGCGAGCCACCAUUGCAAACGCGCGGGAACCAGCCAUUCUCUGGUGAACAGCUGUUACUAGCCUCGCCGAAUUCGGGUGGACCGCCUUCCUUGCCCAGGAUGAUGUCCUUGGACCCGCUCUUCAAGAAUGAUGGUCGCGGUAAUAUGCUCGGACAUAGCUGUGCAGGAGUGACGAGCGGAGGAACGUUGAUUAAAGGAUGCAAGGGGCGAAUGGCGGCAAGGAGAAUGGAUGGAGGACAGACCCAGGUGAGCUUUGCUUUGGACGCUUUUUAUACGUCCAAGGCACGCAGUCCUCAGGGUCGAUCCGAAGCCAACAAGAGCCUACAAGCCGGAGCAGCGAGUCGAAGGCCUAUGCAACGCUCGCCAAGGCCCUCCGAGGCGCUCGCUUGGACGCGGGGUCCCGAGGAAGACGAGCGGCACCCGGAACGCGUGUCAGCGCACGAUGGCCUCAAUUGUCUGCGCCGCCGUUUCGGUCAAGGAUCAACAUAAACGUUGACGUGCGGUGAGCGGCCAACGGCUGCGGACCUUGACACCCUAGCUUCUCUGUGGGUGCUCGCUCUCAUGGAAACAUCGAGGCCAAUGUUCCCGCCCUGGCAUUAAACCGUUUCGGGCAACAGAAGAGUUCGAAAGCUUGGACGCGAUGAGUUGUAAAAGGGUCGCAAAGGUCUGGGAGGACAUAUCGGUGCUUUGGGAAUAAAUGGGUGUCUAGAUUGGUGUCACAAUGCUCUCCGAGUCGUCGCAUUUAAUGAAAUUCCG